AUGUUCACAGAGUGGUCCUCCUGCAGCGCGAGCUGCGGGGGAGGCCACAGGCAGCGGCAGCGGCUGCUGGCUCAGCCGCAGCAGCAGCAGCAACAGUUGCUGCAGCAGCAGCUGCAGCCAAUGCAACUGCAGCAGCUUCAGCUGCAGCAGCUCAUGCUGCUGCAGCAGCAGCAGCAGCCGCAGCCGCAAAUGCUGCAGCAGCUGGGGGGAGUCGGCGGUUUGUGGGGCCUGCAAGACACGCAGACGGAAACAUGCAACGAAGAAACCUGCGAAGCGACGGAGUGUACGUACACCCCGUGGGGCCCCUGGGGCCCCUGCAGGGGCCCCUGCGGCCUCAAAACCCGCGAGCGGCAGCGGCUGCUGCUGCAGCAGCCGAAGGGUUUGAAGUGUUUGCUGCCGCUGCUGGAAGUUGCUGCUUGUGGGGCCCCCGAGCCUUGCGAGUCGGAGUGCCAGCUCUCGGCCUGGUCCGCGUGGAGCAGCUGCGAGCCCUGCAGCAGCAGCAGCAGCAGCAGCAGCAGCAGCAGCAGCAGCAGCAGCAGCAAACAGAUUCGCACUAGAGAAGUGCUGCUGCCGGGCUCUUCUUGCCCCCCACGUAUAGAAAUGAGGCCAUGCAGCAGCAGCGAGGGGGGGCCUUGUCCUGCUGCAGCGGAGGCACAGACAUCAGCAGCAGCAGCAACAGCAGCAGCAGCAACAGCAGCAGCAGCAGAUUGUCCUAAGGGGGACUGGGCUGAGUGGGGGCCCUGCAACGUUGGGUGCGUUCGUUACCGCCACCGGCUGCUGCCUUCAGAAGCAGCAGCAGCAGCAGCAGGAGCAGCAGCAGCAGCAGAUGCCAACUGCGUCAGAGAAGUUGAAGUGGGCGUUUGCGGCCCGCCUUGCACAGUCGACCCCGCCGGCGCUGCCGCUGCAGCAGCAGCAGCAGCAGCCCGCAGCAGCAGCAGCAGCAGCAGCAGCAGCAGCAGCAGCAGGUUUGGGGCCUCUUUGCGCGGCAGCGAAGAAAAAGAAAAGGGAGGGUUUAGGGCGGCGCUGCUGCGGGGCAUUUUGCUGGGGAUGUUCGUCACUGCUGUGCUGCUGGUGCUGUUCGUUGUCUUCAAAAGAAAAGAAGCAAAAGGUUCUGCUGCUGCUGUGGCUGCAGCUGCUGCUGUCGCUGCUGCUCCUUCCCCCAAUUGUGCUGCUGCUGCGGAUACUGCUGCGCGAAUAUCCGCUGUAGUGACUGCUGCUGCUGCUGCUGCUGCUGCUGCUGCCUUUGCCUGUCCUGAAGCAGUGCUGCGCGCGCGCGCUGCGUUCUGCCGAGUGGACCAGUGGACCCCCUCUGGCACUGCAGCAUUUGGGGAAGAGGGGAGGGACGGCGGCAGCAGCCGCAGCAGCAACAGCAACAGCAGCAGCAGCAGCAGCAGCCACGAAUCUCUUAACAAAAUGGAUAUGGAAGAAGAUGAGCCUUUUUGGGACGGCGGCGACACCGACGAGGAGACCAAACAGCUAAACCCCCCGGCAGCAGCAGCAGCAGCAACAAACUAG